CAAAAUUAAACUUAGAAUUCUUCGUCCAUAUUUUGUGCACCUCGGAAUUGUUGGCCUUAAAAUAGAUGCCAACUUGUGACAGUUGAAUAGGUGCAACGAUCAGAAUGAACACGUUACUACUCCCUCUGUUGUUGACCCUUCUUAUUUUCUCCCAAGCUCACAAGUACUCCGAUGCACCACCACCUUCAUCCCCCGUCUGCAUCAUCGGAGCCGGAAUCGGCGGUUCAUCCGUCGCCCAUUUCAUCCGUAAAUACUCGCCGGAGCUCACUCCCACUACCAAAAUCCGCGUAUUCGAGCGCAACAGCAUAGUCGGUGGUCGCACAGCCACCGUCACCAUAGCCGGAGAAACAUUUGAAGCUGGAGCUUCUAUUCUUCAUCCGAAGAACCUCCACGCAGUCAAUUACACAAAGCUUCUCAACCUUAAGGCCAAAGAGCCAAGUUCGGGAUCAUUCUCUCUCGGAAUUUGGGAUGGCGAUAAAUUUGUUUUCAAAACGGUUGAAAUCAGUAGCAAUCUUCCCCUCCUCGAGAAGUUUCUUAAACUCCCUUUUGUUGAGAAUCUCGUUUCACUCGUCAAUUCGGGACUCAUGUUUGUUCGCUAUGGUUUCUCGCUAUUUAAGAUGCAGAACUUUGUUCAGAUUGCUGUGGAUAGGUUCUCAAAAUACUAUGAGGAAACUGAUUCAAGACCUAUUUUUGAGACUGUGGAUGAGAUGUUGAAAUGGGCUGGUUUGUUUAAUCUUACUACCAGAACUUUACAAGAUGAAUUGGUUGAUGUUGGAUUGUCGCCAUUGUUGAUCAAUGAACUUGUCACGGUCAUCACACGUAUUAACUAUGGUCAAAGUGUCUACAUGAGUGGGUUGGGAGGUGCAGUUUCGCUGGCAGGAUCGGGUGGAGGAUUAUGGGCCAUUGAGGGAGGCAACUGGCAAAUGGCUGCUGGACUGAUUAAUCGGUCGGAUGUUGCAUUACAUCUGAACGAAGAAAUUAAAUCUGUUGCUGACCUUGGAGAUUAUUAUGAACUCAACUCAACAAAAGGAAACAGUUACAUCUGUGAAGUCACUGUGGUUGCAACACCAUUGGAUGAGAUAAGUAUUCAAUUUAUUCCCCCAAUCUCAAUUCCUGAGAGAAAACUACAGCAUACACAUGCAACCUUUGUCAGAGGCCUUCUAAACCCUGUAUAUUUUGGUCUCAAGGCUGCGGCAAAACUUCCAGAUCUUGUGGCUACGUUAGAGGACCCUAAACUUCCAUUUACAAGCAUUUCAGUUCUCAAGAAGCACAAUGAAGAAGAAUCAACUUAUAAAAUAUUCUCUCGUCAACCAAUGACAGACACAUUGCUUGAUAGCAUUUUCAGUGUGAGGAAGGAGACAAUUCGGAUAAACUGGGCUGCCUAUCCUCAGUAUCAUGCCCCAGAAAUAUUUGCCCCGUUUGUAUUGGAUGGGCGACAUCUGUACUAUGUUAAUGCAUUCGAAAAUGCGGCUAGCACCAUGGAGACAAGUGCUGUGGCAGCUGAGAAUAUUGCCCGACUCAUACUCUCAAGAUAUUUUGGCAAAGUAAGUGCGCAUUCAUCUAAUUUGAAGGCUAGUUUUCAAGCAGAAGAUGUUCAUUUUGACUUGUGAUACGUUCAAAGAUUUUGUUUAAUUUGCAUCUGGAAAUACAGGAAAGUAAAUCAAGCAAUUAUUACCAACGGGAGGUUAAUCCCUAACCAACUGCGAGAUACAACAAUGUGUGAAAUACAUAAAUUACGGGACGAUACAUAAUUACUCUCCCCAGCCCCUUCCUUUGUAUUUCAUUUACAAUGUUAUUAUGUUAUUAAUGGGUAGUGAAAAUAGUGUGUGUGGUUGUUGAGAUUCAAACUUCUAGUGGUUGCAUUUUCUGAUGAGGAUUUCUUUGUACUUGUGGAGUUUCAUGGUUAACUGCGAUAAACCUCUAAGAUUGGUCUAA